UUGCAGAUGUAGGAAGCGACAGAGGUGCUUCUCUUUAUGUCCCUAGCCGCUUGGGUGGUAAUGAUUCCUUAUCUGUUUCCAUCACCCUUCUUUUCCCUCAGACGCCUUCCCCAAUUAAUAUCGAUUACCUGGCAACCUACCUUCCUAUGUUCACUCAAGUCUUUGGAGAUUUCGGUGACAAUCUUUCGUUUACCAAAGUCAGCAUCGAGGGGGCAUCUAUGGGUAUUACUUGCGAUUUUAUGCAAGCACCAAAGAUAAUCGUGAAAAAUACCCUUGCAUCUAUAACUGGCACGUUCAAUGCUUCGGAGCGCCUAAUGCUUGACAAUGUUGGAGGUCCUAUCUAUGCAAAUAUAACACUGGUACAAGAUAAAGAUCGACAUCAACCUACAUUUCUCUCUUUGGAUACGGGGAACAGUGUUAUACUUCUGGCACCAGAUCGAUAUAACGACCCUUUAAAUUUCAUCGGCAGUGUCAAAAAUUUCAAUGGCCCGCUCACGCUGACUGUUUCCCACGACCCAACCACCCCCCCGGUAUCACUAGACCUCCAUGUACAGAAUGCUCAGGCGGAAUCGAAUGUCACCCUCGACUCCAAGUACAUAGGUUUGUUCGAUGUACAAACCAAGCUUGCUUCCGUUGCUGUAAAGGAAAGCCAGAUAGAUCCUUCCUGGGAUCCUUUAGGCGAAAAUCGGUACAGGCAGUGUGUGUACGACCAAUCUAGCUUCAAUAGAGUCCGGGGAUGGAUAGGAUGGGGCCAAAGACCCACCGGCUGGAAGCCGAGAGAAGGUCGAGUCGAGGUUGUGUCGUCAUUGAGUCCCAUACACUUGCACCUCUCAGGUCCAUCUGAUGGGGCAUCAUGACAAGGGGUUAUGUGUAAUAACAGGCAUCCGCAUAUAUUCCACUUGUAUUUUAUCUCUGGCAAUCUACUACAUAUAAUAGCAGUACAUAUACUUUUGGACAAAGUUUACCUUUGAUACAUACUCCGAGAUCCAAAAAAGCAACCGACCUCAGCAGUGAGGGCAAUCGCCGGCGUAUCACAUUCUUACCUGCCGGAUGCGACGG